AUGAGUUUAAAAGCUUUGAAGGUUGAGAAGGCCCCAAAUCAUGAAAAGUCACUUGUUGAAGAUAUUGCUGAACAGCAGAACCCAUUCGUCGUUCCAAAACAAAGUCGUCAAAAACAGAAAGUUAUUACUCAACAUUCACUUGGAUCUGAUAUGACAAAGAAAAUCUUAAACACUGCUUUAGAUCAACUUGAAGAAGAUAAGGUCGUUGAGGAUGUAGAAAUCGCUCUUCCAGAAGCAGAAGAGGAUGAAGAUGAUUCUGAAAAUGAAAUUGUCGUUGAUGUUGAAGAAAAUGACGAAGAAGCUAAACAAUUAUUCGAACUUUUCAAGGCCGAUGUCGUCCAAACAUCAAACAAAUUAAAUUCUACAUUAGAAAAAACAGCACAUAUAUCCGAUCAAAGUGUCGUUGAAAUCUAUCAAAAGCUUGGUGUUUUACUUAGAAACUACAAGAGUGGAAAGCUUCCAAAGGCUAUUAAUGUCAUUGCAUCUCAGAAUAUUCCAGAUUGGUUCGAACUUUUGCAAUAUUCAGAGCCAGAAAACUGGUCUGCCAAUGCAAUCAAGGAAGUUACAACAUUAUUCGCUCAGACAUCCUCUGAAGCACGUUGCAACAAAUUCUAUCGCGAAGUUUUACUUGAAUAUAUCAAAAACUUACUUGAUGACAACAAGAAGCUCCCAAGAAACGUUUGGGAUGCCCUUGUAGCAGCUGCUCGUCGUCCAAAGCCAUUCAUUUUAGCCUUAAUGAUGCCAUUGGCCGCUCAAGAUAAUUGUUCUCCAAAAGAUGCUAGAGUCAUCUCAGCCAUGGUCAACAGAGUUAAGCUCCCGAACGAUCUCGUCAACUCCUUCCUUGUUUGGCUAUGCGAAGGAAAGCCAAUUACACUUCCAAGAACAAUUUUCGUUAUCAGAUUCGUCCAAAAAGGAAAAGUACUUGCAAUCAGAGCUGUUGAUGCUGUAUACGGAUACUUCAUGCAGUUUGCAGCAGAAACAGAGCAACAGCCAGUAAUUUGGCACAAAGCUCUUAAAGAUUUCGCAAAACAUUACGCAAGGGACUUAACUCAGGAACAAAAGGAAAUCAUGGUUGGUGAUUUGCUCCAGAAGCAGCACAAAUCUGGUAUAACCCCAGAAAUUAGAGAAAUCAUCAUGAAAUCUCCAACUCGCGAAGAAGGAGCGGUAGAUCAGUUACCAAUUGCUGCAUUAGAAUAA